GUGUGUUCGAAUCUAGGGUUUAAGGUUUUGUGCGCGAUGGCGAUGGCGGAGCUCGAUUCUGGCGCUGCCGUCACGUCCUGGAACUACAGCGGUGAAAGAAUGGCUGUGGGGUUCACCGAUGGCGGCGCCGAGGUGUGGAGCAAGGGAUUUGGGAAUGGAUCGCCUGCAUUGUCGUUGGAUUUCAAAUGGAAGGCUCAUGAAGGUUCCUCUAUCGUGAAACUUUGCUGGGGACCGAUGGAGUUCGGCGACAUUGUUGCUUCUUGCUCUAAAGAUGGUUCGGUUUGCGUCUGGGAAGAAAUCAAUGAGAAUGGCAAGCUCAAGUGGAGGCAGUGUGCUCAGCUAGCUGAAAACAGCUACUGUCUGGAUCUAAAGUUUGGAAAUUGUCUCGGCGGCUUGAAACUGGUUACAGCUUGUGCUGAUGGUUAUGCCAGGAUUUACGAAACCUCGGACUGCAUUGAUCUUUCAAAGUGGCAGCUUCAGGCGGUGGUUUCGAACGCGACAGAUGUGACUGAGAAGAUUGGGAAGUGCUCCUGCUCUGGAGCUUCCAUCUCAUGGAAGCCUCCGGCUGGUUCUAUCCAGCAGCCACUUUUCGCACUUGGCUACUCCACAGACGUCUCAGCAUUCUCCACAACGAAGAUCUGGGAAUUCGCUGAAGAGCAUAGACGCUGGUAUCCCAUUGCCGAGCUCUCAAAUGCGGACGACAGCGUUGGAGUAAGCUCCAUAUCGUGGGCUCCAAAUCUCGGAAGGCCGAAUGAGUUGAUAGCAGUGGCUUCCGGAAGCACUGUCUCAAUCUGGGACUUGGAAAUCGGUGGAAAGCAGGGGGUUUCCGUGCAGAGAAUCGCAGAGCUAGAGCAUAGCGCAGAGGUGUGGCAAAUCGAUUGGGACAUGAGCGGCAUGACAUUGGCAUCGUCUUCCUCGGAUGGAACCGUGAGGCUGUGGCAAGCUGGUUUAGAUGGAGCGUGGAGGCAGCAAGCUUCACUAAGAGCUUGAUAAGGCUCGUCCUCGGACAAGAUUCUUGAACCAACGGCCAGGAUGAGACGUGUAUUCCGUUCCAUAAUUCACGGGCAAUGUGGGUCGUUGGAUCC